UUGUGCUAAAAUGAAUUUUGUGGAAAGUUUGAAGCUUUCCCUAGUGUUUUAAGGAUUUGAAAUUCAGCAGAUAAAGUGCUUAGUGGUGUAAAAAUUUUAAAAUGCUACCAAGCAUGUGCGAUAUGUUGUAAAAUUAAAUAUUGGAAGACUUUAUAGAAAUGCUAUUACGAUUGCAAUUGUACUGUCCUUCACCACAUGUCAGCAAUCUUCUCACCAAGAUACCAUUCAAUCCAGCAAAAAUUGCAUGAAGUGCUAUACACUAUUUAUGUCCAGGGCAAAUUGCAUAGACUAUGUGCGUGGAGACAAUGUCACAAAGUAUCGGAAGGAUUAAAUUCUAAGCUACAUAGUGCAACCAUAUGGUGUUUCUAAUACAAAUUAUUUAUGAUCUAGUAAGAAGUCAUUCUCACGUUAACUCAUAUGUGAAUAUUACAUUAAAAAGCAUUAAGUGAAAAACGUUGCACGAAAAUUAUUUGCCAGAGAAGAGUAUCUUGUCUGAAAAUGUCCAAUUAUAUUAUUCUGGGGAGUAAAUAGUUGAAUGUACACAGUACAAAUAUAGAAAAUGUGACAUAUGUGAGUUUGGAACGUUUGUGCAAGAUAGUAAAAAGAUCCCAUGUCUACAGUUGAAGUUUCUCAUGUCCAGUGACAAAUGGGAAGAUGGUGGCAGAACAAUGGCAUUUAGAUGGUGGAUGGUGGUAAGAGGGAAUGCUGCAUUGAAAGAGCGUCCCUCAAUAUUUGGCAUUUUAUCCUCAAGGUAAAAUGGCAAAGAGGAAAAUUGGGGUGGAGAAGAAACCACCACGAAUGAGUUACAUUCCCCGAAGUCCCAGUGCGGCACCAUCGGAAGUUUUGUGUUUGGAUGAAUCGGAAACACUGCUGACGCAUAUGGAUCACUACCAGAGGCUGGUAGCCUCUGGAGGGAAUGGCACAAAUAGCAAAUACCUCGCACCAACUGUUAAAAUUGAAGAAACAUCGGUACAGCAAAGAGAUGGACCCAGCAAAAAUGGGGGAACUCAGGCAAAAGCGGAUUUGGAUGUUCCCCUGUCAUCUGGUCCCAAUUUGGCAAUGCGACAGAAGAGACUAUCCUCCUCAGCUACAUCUCCAUUCACCGAACUGACAUCAUUGACAAAUUUUGCCAAUUCCGGUACUGGAUCAAUUCAGCUGUCAAUAGAUCGUGGUCCACAUGGCUGGGGUGAGACAACGAGGAGUUAUGUAAAAGCUCAAAAGAGGCAUGCCGGAAGGACAACUUUCAGAGGACAGGUGUACAAUUUCCUGGAGCGUCCGUCGGGAUGGAAAUGCAUAAUAUAUCAUAUUUCUGUUGAUCCGGAACGUAGGCGGCUGGAUUUUCCAGAAGACGUUUCCUCGAUGACCGCCAAAUGCCCUUCACCAAAUCCACUGAGGCAGUGAAACACAAUUAUCACCUUCACCAAUUAUUUAUUUCCACCAAUUUCUCCACUACUAGACUGAACACAGUUUAACUCUACGUCACUGUCGUUUUUCUGUAUUUUAAAGUUAAUAUUUUUAUAAUAAUUUCACAAAUAAAUCUAAUACACUUCUCCUCACGUCUCUUUGAUUUUCAAGUCUUCUU